UAGAAAUAGUAAACAAACUGUAGUAGUUCUAAACAUGGCGUCGUUUUUGUUAGAUUACAAAUGAUGACAGUACGAAGUAAUCGCAAUAUCGACUCUCGUUAAAUUAUAUUUCUCUCUGUGCAAAUUCAUACAAAAUACAUCCCAAAUGGAGAGAUCAGUAACGUCUGAGCAAACAGUUACUCAAAUACAAACAGAAACUGUUUUAGAAACGGAUGUCACAGAUUCUACAUCUCAGGAUGUACCAACUGUUCGAUUAUGUCUUAGAAAGCCAAGAUCAAAUAAGAAAGUUCAAUGGACUCAAGGCACAGUGGAUAAUGAACAUAUGAAUAAAAAGAAAUCUAAAUGUUGUUGUAUCUAUGAAAAGCCAAGAAGUUUUGGUGAAAGUAGUUCUGAAGAUAGUGAUGAUGAAUGCGAACAUUGUCAUGGACAUAAAGAUGCCCACAAAAAGAUUCCACGUCAUAAUGCAGAAACAUCUAAAGAAGUAUCUCCUAUUCCAGAAUCAGUAGUAAAUGCAUCUAUAUAAAUAUGUUGAUGACAUAAAUAAUUUCUUUAAAUGGAAAGGUAUACUGUUUGAAAUAGAGUUGCAUAGAAGGGAAAAUUAGGAUAUUCAAAAUAUUAAGGAAAUAUCAGUUCUAAAUACAGUUAUAUUAUUAUUAUCCCUAUUACUAAUGUUGAUAUUUUUAAAUAAAUAUUGUAAGUUACA